AUGCACACCGGUAUCGUUCCCGCCGCGCUGCUGGCAAGCGUCGCGACCGCAUCCUUACUUACGCCACCUGUUCUGCCAUUGUUUGUGCGGAAUCCGUAUCUGAGCACAUGGCUGGGCAAUGCGCGAGAGGAACCGUGGAAGAAGUGGCCUAUGUUCUGGCACGGCACAGAGGUCGGCUUCAGCGUUCUCGCACAUGUUCCCGACACAAACGAAGUUUUCCCACUGCUGGGUCGUCCCCAGGAUGCUCUUAGCUCUUAUGAGAAAGACCAUGUUGCGCGCGAGAAAGGAUACAGCAUAUCCUAUCCCAAAUAUAGAGGCGCGCAGUACGAUGCUUCGACCACCAAUCUCACGUAUUCGCUACCCGCUCCGGAUACCUUGCACGAUGCCAGCAGCCUCAACAUCACGCUCUCCUUCCUCUCUCCCAUUACGCCUACAUCGACUCUGCGUCAGUCGCUACCGGCAGCAUACGUGACAGUAUAUGUUGAAGGCAGCUUCGAUGUGAACAUAUACAUGGACGUCAAUGGACAAUGGGUCAGCGGGUUUUCAGACAGUCAAAUCGACUGGGCUUUGUCGCAGCAGAAAGCUUCCGGUGACAUCGAAGGUCUAAAGACAUGGACCUUGAAGCGACGGGACCAAAUCGUCUUCGCGGAGGAGAAAGACCAAGCUGAAUGGGGUCAAUUGCACUUCACUGCUCCCGAUGAUGUGCGGCAUGAAAGCGGUGCCUCGGAGAAGCUUCGUCAGCGGUUUGCUAGGACUGGUACACUGCAGAACGAGGUCGAUGGAGACUCUCCGCGAGCGAUCAACAAAGAUGAGCCGGUCUUUGCGUUCUCGAAGUCGUUCGAGCUGGGAAAUUCCACCAGCCCAGGCAGUGACAGCGUCUUGUUCACCAUCUCCCAUGUUCAAGACGAGGUAACUCAAUUCGCUUCUGAGCGUGGCCUCACUCGCAUGUUGCCACUGUGGAAGUCCUGGUUUCACACCGAAAAGGACCUCCUCAGGUUCCACUAUCUCGAUUUCGCUAACGCAAAAGCCUUGGCUGCCAACUACUCUGAACAGCUUCGCGUCGACGCAUAUGCCUCCGGCUCGGAUACGUACGUCGACGUCGUCGCCCUAUCAGCUCGCCAAACAAUGGGUGCGACGAGCUUCUCCGGCACGCCAGAAGAUCCACUCCUCUUUCUUAAGGAAAUCUCGUCGAAUGGGAAUAGCCAGACUGUCGACGUCAUCUUCCCAGCGUUCCCAUUCUUCCUAUAUACAAACCCUAGAUGGGCGGCUUACCUGCUGGAGCCGCUGCUGGAGCACCAGUUGAAGGGUCUAUAUCCGAACGAAUACUCGAUGCACGACCUAGGAUCUCAUUUCCCUAAUUUGACCGGGCAUGCCGAUGGGAGGGACGAGUAUAUGCCUGUCGAGGAGUGUGGCGACAUGCUUAUCAUGGGGUUAGCGUUGGUGAAUGCGAUGAAGUAUAAGUCGGACCAGGGCGCACAGUCCUUGUGGUCAACAAUUGGUAAAAAAGAUGAGAUUGUUGUUCAAACCGACCAUCGCUUUACGUUGAAAGAUGUCAGCGCCUAUGAUGGCAUCGCAUACAUUGACAGCUCUUGGGGUGGCGGAGAAAAGGGUGUCAAGCAAGCGACGAAGUGGUUAGAAAGGAGCUACCCACUCUGGAAACAAUGGACCAGCUACCUCGUCGAGUUCGCAAAGGAGCCUGCGAAUCAGCUUUGCACCGAUGACUUCGCCGGCUGGCUGCCUCUUCAAACCAACCUCGCCCUAAAAGGCAUCAUCGGCAUCAAAGCCUUCAGCGAGCUCGCAUCUCUCCUCGGCCGCACCGACGAUGCAGACCACCACCAGCAGAUCUCAGAAGAGUACAUCGCCCACUGGCUCACGCGCGGCAUCUCAGUCGAUGGCUCCCAUGCGAAGCUAGCAUACGACUGGAACGGCAGCUGGACAACGCUUUACUCGCUCUACUCCGACGCCCUUCUCUGCUUCCAUCCAUCCAUCACCAACAGUGUCUCUUCCUCUGAGGACCCAUCUCCCUUCACAACCCCAUCGCACGAUGCGCAAAAGCCAGUGUCGCCCAACCCCCAGUCGAAAAAGCACGAGGAUUUCAUCCCCCACGGAAUCUACACAAACCAAUCCCUCUGGUACUCCUACUCCCUGCAACAAUACGGCCUUCCCCUUGACAGCCGGCACCUAUACGCCAAGUCCGAUUGGGAGUUCUACGCCGCAGCCGUCGCCUCGCCUUCGGUCCGCAAAUCCAUUCUGGAGAAGGUGGCGCUUUGGGUCAAUGAGACUAUUACGGAUAGGCCGUUUAGCGAUCUGUAUGAUACGGAGGGGGAUGGGGACUUUCCGGAUCCGUACUUUUUUGCGAGACCCGUUGUAGGGGGGCAUUUUGCGUUUUUGGCGCUGGAGAGGGCUUGUAAGGAGGGGAGGGGGUGGGUGCUGGGGAAGAGGGUGAGAUAG